CCUACGGGAUCAACAGUAUCCUCUACCAGCGGGGCAUCUACCCCCCCGAGACCUUCACCCACGCCCAGAAGUACGGGCUCACCCUCCUCGUCACCACCGACCCCGAGCUGAAGAACUACCUCAACAACGUGGUGGAGCAGAUGAAAGAGUGGCUGUACAAGUGCAUUGUGCAGCGCCUGGUGGUGGUUAUCUCCAGUAUUGAAAACAACGAGGUUCUGGAGCGGUGGCAGUUUGACAUAGAGUGUGACAAAAGUGCGAAGGAUGAGAGUGCACCCCGAGAAAAAUCUCAGAAAGCUAUUCAGGAUGAAAUUCGAUCUGUUAUCAGACAAAUAACCGCCACAGUAACAUUUCUGCCACUGUUGGAGACUGCCUGUGCUUUUGACUUGCUGAUAUACACAGAUAAAGAUUUGGCAGUGCCAGAGAAGUGGGAAGAGUCAGGACCACAGUUCAUAGCUAAUUCAGAAGAGGUUCGUCUUCGUUCCUUCACUACUACGAUCCACAAAGUAAAUAGCAUAGUGGCUUACAAAAAGGACUCCGUUCCCUAAGAUGUGAGGUGUUUUUUAAUAUAUCCUUGUUUCCUUGUAUAGUUCUGUUCAUAGUGCAGCUAAGUCAUGAAUGCAUCAUUACUGUUCCUGCCAAAGUAAGAUCCAGAA